AUGACAUAUAGCAUUGUUGAUAUUCGUAAAACUGACACCUGUCUUAAAAAUUCAAUUAUUAAUGGAAUUAAUCAAUCAACGAAAUCUAUUCCAGCUAUCGUACUUUAUGACGAGCUCGGUUUGCAAUAUUAUGAGAAAGUUACUUAUCUUAAAGAAUAUUAUUUAACGGAAGCUGAAAUUGAUAUUCUGAAGAAUAAGGCUGACCAAAUUAGUGAUUAUAUACCUGAAGGUAGCUCUCUUAUUGAAUUGGGUUCAGGUGCGUUACGAAAAACGAGACUUCUUCUCGAUUCUAUUGAAAAACAAAAGAAAAAGGUCAUUUAUUAUGCGCUCGAUCUUAUGGAAGGCGAACUCAAAAGGACAUUAUCGUCACUAGGAAAAUUUCAAUAUGUUAAACUUGUGGGACUCUGGGGAGUAUAUGAAGAUGGAAUAGACUAUGCUUCAAAUUUACCUGGAGACUCGCACAAAACUAUACUGUGGAUGGGUUCUUCAAUUGGAAAUUUUAAUAGGGAUGAAGCUGCUAAUUUUGUUAAAACUAUUCAAGAUAAAGCUAUGAAUCCAGGAGAUUUGUUUUUAAUUGGAAUUGACAGAAGAAAAAACCCCGAUAAAAUUACUGCCGCAUAUAAUGAUCCAAAAGGAAUUAAUGCUAAAUUCAUAAUGAAUGGAUUGAAUCACGUUAAUGCUAUUUUCGAUCAACCUAUAUUUGAUAGUAAUAAUUUCGAACAUGUUACAAUGUAUAAUGAUGAUGUUGGUAGGCAUGAGGCUUAUUGUAAGGUUAAGAAUGACACCACGUUAGAAUUCAAGGAAUCCAAAGACAAUCCUAAAACAAUAAUUAAAUUGAACAAAAAUGAACUUAUUAACAUAGGAUAUUCACACAAAUACAAUAAAGCUGAAACUGAUGCUUUGUUCGAUUUUAGUUUACUAUCAUAUAUGGAAAGUUGGACAGAUUCUCAAUCACUCUAUGACCUCCAUUUAGUCUAUAAAUCACCUUUUCACUUUACAAGAAAAUUUGACUCACAUAAAUAA